GUUCACCUGUGGGCUGGAAACUCCAGAUUAGUACACACGUCCUAUGUUUCAAAAUCCCGACUGAAUGUCAAAAGGAAUCAGCACCAUGGAGUCUCCAGUGAAGGACUCCCCCGUCAGAACCGGCUUUCACAGACUUGAGGUCCAGAAAACCACGUGGGACGUCCCAGACAGAUACACAUCGCUGCGGUCCAUAGGCUCCGGAGCUUACGGGACGGUAUGUUCUGCCCUUGACCAGAAGACCAAGGAGAAGGUGGCCAUCAAGAAGCUGUACCGUCCUUUCCAGUCCCUGAUCCACGCCCAGCGAGCCUACAGGGAGCUCAGGCUGCUCCGACAUAUUCAGCAUGAAAAUGUGAUCUGCCUCCUCAACGUCUUCACACCCGACUCCACACCAGAAAAGUUUCAAACCUUUUAUAUGGUAAUGCCGUUAGUAGCCCAGGAUCUGGGCCACAUAAUGAAGAAGCGGAGAUUAACUGAUCGCAUCAUCACAUACCUGUUCUACCAGCUGCUCCGAGGACUCAAGUAUAUUCAUUCUGCAGGGAUCGUCCACCGGGAUCUGAAGCCUGGUAACCUUGCUGUGAAUGAGAACUGUGAAUUAAAGAUCCUGGAUUUUGGCCUCGCAAGACAGGCAGAGAGUGAAAUGACUGGUUAUGUAGUGACGCGCUGGUACAGAGCACCAGAGGUCAUAUUCAACUGGAUGCACUACAGUCAAACAGUGGACGUGUGGUCGGCCGCCUGUAUCCUGGCUGAGAUGAUUACCGGCCACGUGCUUUUCCCCGGACAGGACAGUAUUGAUCAGCUGAAGAAGAUCCUCCGACUGACAGGAACACCCGACCUCUCCCUGGUCCAGAAGAUGCAGAGUAAAGAUGCACAAUCAUAUGUCCAGAGUCUACCUCUGCAGAAGAAGAAAAACUUCAAGGAAGUGUUUCCGUCAAUGGAAGGAAAUGCUCUAGACCUUCUGGAGGGCAUGUUGGUGCUGGACCCAGAGACCAGGCUGACAGCUAAGCAGGGCCUAGGGCACCCUUUCCUCGCAGAAUACCAUGAGCCAGAGACCGAGCCGGACUCUGACCCCUAUGAUGACUCCUUCGAGAGCCUGGAGCUCGCUGUUGGGGAGUGGAAGAGUCUUAUCCACAUGGAGAUCAUGACAUUUGACCCUGAAAACCCCAGUAAGACGGCCAUGUAGGACGAUGUGCUGGCGCCACCCAGUGUUGACUUUAAUGCAGACACAUUCUAAACGGUCAACAACACUCUCAAACUCUGAGAAACAAAUAUAAAAGAGAAUUCAGAUAUUGUCUGAAGCAUCUGAUAGGCAUUAAAAAUUGAAAUGCGACAUUGAAGGGCAGCUUUACUUGGUUUGGUGGUACAAAGGUGCAAAAUAGUAAUUGUAGGUCAAGAAUAAAUACCUUACAGAGCCAUGGAGGGCGUGUAUCUUUGGGAAUCUUCUGAGAAAUUAAUGGUUUGUUUCCAAGAAAAAAAACGUCUAUAUUUUCAGACAAUGUAGUUGUAGAUUUUGAGAAAACAUCAUACAUUUGCGUGGAAAAAAGUGGACAACCUCAUGCAGUCAGGUUUAGCAAAACUGAAAUACUGGUGUUCUUUUGCCAUAUUAACAUAAUAUCAUAAAAAUCUGGAGUUUGACAGGACUGUGAAUUGGGCCUGUAUUAUAACUUUUAUGUUUCUUCUUGGGUAUAACAUCCAUCCAUCUUUUCUAUUUUCACUUGCAAUGGCCCUGAUACACCGUUGUAUGGUGGCCUGUACAAGACAAUAAUGAACAGAGGCUCUAUGAGGAAAAUCAACUAUUUCAUGAUGGCAGGAUAACCCUAUCUUUAAUUUAAAAAAUGUAUCCUUGGUUGCAUUGUGUCUCACUUCACAAGGACAGUUAUUAUCCAUGUCUUCUGUAUGUUCUUGUGCAAAAUAUACAUCACUGGAAAAAAUUAAGAGAACACUCCAAAUUGUUCUUAAUUUUUUUAUCUCUACAUGAACGGCAGCCAGUCCAGUGUCUGUUGAAUUCCAACACAGACAAAAAUGGUCAGCAUUUUAUAGAAUACAAUAAUAAUAAUAAUAAUAAUAAUAAUUAUUAUUAUUAUUAUCAUUAUCAUUAUUAUUAUUAUAACAUAUAUUUUUAAUCAUUUCAUUCAAAGACAUACCUAUAAAUAAUAAAACAAGAGAAAAUGAUAAUGCUGAAGUGGUCUAUUAAUGUUUUUUCCUAGGCUGUAUGUUAAGGGUAUAGAGUGCAAUGUUUAAAACAUGCUGGAUUUAUAUUGUUGGAAUUUACUACGUGUUUUGCAAAUAAAACAUGGUAUAACAUGACAA